AUGACUACCGAUUACGAGUCCAAUCCAGCUAUAAUUAAUUUGCGGAAUUACCUGAGGAUUCGAAGUGUUCAUCCGAAUGUUAAUUACGAUGAUUGUAUUACCUACAUCCGUGGUCAAGCAUCGGAGAUUGGUCUACCUGUGCAUGUGUAUGAGCCCAGGCCAAAAAAACCAGUGGCUGUUAUCACAUGGGAAGGCACUGAACCAUCAUUACCUAGUAUCCUAUUAAACUCGCAUAUGGAUGUUGUACCGGUGUUUGAGAAAAGCUGGAGAUACCCACCAUUCGAAGCUCACUUAAAAGAUGGUUUUAUCUAUGGAAGAGGAGUCCAAGAUAUGAAGUCUGUUGCUGUUCAGUAUCUAGAAUGUGUGAAGAGGCUGAAGGCCAAAAGCAUCAGGCUGAAAAGGACAGUGCAUCUCUCCUUUGUGCCAGAUGAAGAAAUUGGUGGUGAACCCGGUAUGGGGCAAUUUGUAAAAACCGAUGACUUCAAGAAAUUGAACGUCGGCUUCGCUUUAGACGAAGGCAUUGGCAGUGCGACUGAUGAGUACCAGAUCUUUAGCGGCGAGAGAACUAUUUGGCAUCUGAAGGUCGUCUGCCCGGGCAAGUCCGGCCACGGCUCGCUCCUACUCCCCGACAAUAAUGGUGAAAAGCUAAGGUACAUGAUAGACAAGCUAAUGGACAUUCGCUCUGAAUCGAAAAAGCAGUUAGCUGAUCAUCCCGAAUGGACUAUUGGUGACGUCACGACUGUAAACCUCACUAUGUUAUCUGGUGGUAUCCAAAGCAACGUGGUUCCAGAGAAAUUAACCGCCACCUUUGACAUACGAAUUGCUCUGUCAGUGGACCAAAAACAGUUUGAAGAUACGAUAAAGCGCUGGUGUGUCGAAGCUGGCAAUGGUGUUACAUAUGAGUUCGAACAGAAGGAUCCUUAUGUUGUGCCGACCAAAUGUGACGAUAGCAACUCCUAUUGGCUGGCUUUCAAAGCUGCAGCUGAUCAACUUAAAAUCACUCUGAAGCAAUGCACGUUCCCGGGCGGUACCGACAGCCGCUACCUCCGUGAGCUGAACAUCCCCGCCAUUGGCUUCUCACCAAUGAACCGCACAGUCCCCGGCCUGCACGAGCAUGAUGAGCAUCUUAGCGCUGAAGUGUUCCUACGCGGCAUCGAGUUGUAUGAAGCUAUUAUACCUGCUGUGGCUAACGUGGAAUGA